AUGCAUCACACGCCGGCUGAAGAAGAUGCGAAUAACCUCCUCACGCUCCACCAGCACUGCAGUGGCCACAAGUCCGAUCCCACCGGUGACCCUUACAUCACCCAGCUCACCCAGGACCUUCUAACGCUGGAGUGGCAUAUGAAAGGGAAGUACGGCACACUGGGCUGCCUGGUGGAGCAUUUAGGAGCAGAGUAUUUACUCAAGCUUGAUGGGGGACUGCCAUCCAGGCUGCUGGAUCUGAUGGGGGAUCAGACGAUGGCACCAUAUGCCAGCGACCUUCUGGAGAAGCUUGUACUGUGCACAGCUCGAUUGGAUCAAACAACUUAUAUGCUUGACUACUUUCUGCCCAAACUGCUACGCUGCAACCCCUCCAGCCUUAGCCACAUGGUACAGGCCCUGCAGGAGAUGCCGACUUGCACAGAGGCUGGCAGCAGAGGUAUGUUGGGGGCUCUGAUGACGUGUCUGCGUGCCGCCCGGUCUCAGGGUGUUCUCAAGUCUGUGGAGGAAGAAUUGUGGGGUGGCCUGGUGCCGCUCCCACUAAAGCGACAGGCUCUGGUGCACAAACACGAUCAGGUGCGAAUGGAUGCUCUGGGUUUGAUAUGUGAGAGCCAUCGCAGCACGGAAACACUGUCCAGACAGGAAAUAGAGCUAAUCUGCUACUUCCUGCCCUUUAAUCUAAACAGUCAGUCACCAGGAGUCAGACAGCAGACUGUCAGUCUGUUAAAGAAGCUCUUGUGUAGGGUGAAGGACAGAGCUCAGCUGCUGCAAAAGAGACUGGACCAACAUGACGACCACAAAGACCAGCAAGUCCUCAACAUGUACCAGGUAGUACUAGAGCGUGCUUGUGAUGUUUCAGUGGUGCAGUGGCUGAUGGUGUGUCUGAAGGAAGAGGUUUUGAAGGCCGAGUCGUCUCUUCUGCAAGCCGCUUCCUCCUGUCCUUUUAAUAGAGCUCACUGCAUCACUGCAGUCCUGCAGCAGCUCAGUACUGGAUCACUUGUACUGCUGUCUGAGUGGAGGGCUGUUGUGUCAGAGCUCAUAGGCCUGUGCUACAGGAUGUCUGAUGUCGUGUCACCUGUGUUUCAGAGCUCUUCCCCUGAGGGCCUCAUUCCCAUGGAUACUGAGUAUGAGACCUCUGCUGGCCUCCAGAAAAUCCUGCAGGAGAUUCAACCUCGUGACACAAAUGACUUUUUCACUAGUGCCAGAGAGCUGGACCCCAGUGAGAGCAGCCGUGAUAGCGAGCAGAAAGAGUCAGAGAACACAGUUCAUAAACCACAAUCCUGUAACAGCGGUGGUGGUGAUGGAGAGGCCUAUCGAGUCACCGCUCAGAUGGUGCUGGUGUGUUGCUGGAGGACCAUGAAAGAGGUGUCCAUGUUGCUGGGUCAUCUGUGUCCGAGCAUGCCACUGCGCUGUCCUCUCACGCACCCUGACGGCAGAGGAGUCGUCACAGAGGACCAGGUGGAAGGUGUAGGGAAGUACUUUCGGGAGCAGCUGCUACAGUCUCGUCACAGGGGGGCGUUUGAAUUGGCCUACGGGGGUUUUGUUCAGCUCACUGAGAUGCUCUGCAGGAGUGGGAGUGCUGCACUAGAGCAGCUGCCAGCACAAUGGCUGAAGGAGGUUCUUGAGGAAGUGAAAGCCAGUGACCCCUCCUCUAAACUGUGUGUGACCCGCCGCAGCGCAGGAAUACCCUUCUAUAUACAGGCCCUGCUGUCCCCUGUGCCCAAAUCAUCCAGCUGUGGACUCCUGAAGAUGACCAUGAGAUCUCUGACAGCAUUGGCCAUGACCUCUAAUGAUGGAGAUACUGAGAGCAGCUCUGUGCCACAGGUCCACGCUCUGAACAUCCUGAGGGCUUUGUAUGGAGACACACGUCUGGGGGAGAACAUUGUUCCGUUUGUGUCAGAGGGCAUGCAAGCUGCUAUCCUGGGUUUCACUUCUCCUGUGUGGGCCGAUGACUGGCCGAGAGUUUUUCCCUCGUUUUCCUGCCCUCUAUCCCUUCCUCCUCCGUCAGCUACAGGAAGCUCCAGCCUCUGUGAACAGUGAUGCAGGGCAGGUGAAGCUGCACCCCAGUCUUUUCUUGUUGUUGUUGGUUUUGGGUCGUCUCUACCCGUCUCCCAUGGAUGGUUCAUCAUCAGGUGUGGUCACUCUGCAGUGUACCGCACACGUGAAAUGGCAGCGAGAGCCCUGGUUCCUUUUGUUCUGGUGACCCAGGUUUCCUCCACCAUCCAGACUCUACUGGAGGAGCUGCCUCAAGAACCUGGACCAGGACUCCAACAAAACCACAUCCAUGGAACACUGCUUCAGGUGCUGUUGCUGUUACGUUCCUACCUGGCGGACACACACCGACCCCAGUCAGGAAAUGAGCAGCAACGUGACCUCUCCAGUGCCCUUUUUCCGUGGCUGUGGCUCGCCACAAGGCAGAAUCCAUGUCUGGUGACACGUGGUGUGUUUCUAGACCUGCUGGGCUGGGCUGUGUUUGUGGUUGUCUUCCUGUUCCUGUAUCAGAGUCGCAGCUGCGUGAGGAAACUCUGCAGAUUCUUAUGGCCUCAGAACUUGUGGCCCCUCAGGGGCCCGAUGACAUGAAGCUCUCAGUCCCUGGAGCCACGCAGUACCUGCAGAGUCUGGCUCACAUAGCCAUCAGCAUCUGUGUGGAAUCACCUCACCUGUGGAAUUGUCCAGAGUCUGACGGGUUUCAGAGCGACCUCCUGGAGUGACUGCUGUGGUGUCCGCUCUAUGAGGUUCGGCUGUUUGCCCUGGAACAGUUCUUCAGGAGACUUCAGAAGACAGAGGAAGAGUGUCAACGGGGUCAGGGACCCUUGCCCUUUAACCUCAGUGUGUCCAGCUUAACCUCCCUGGCCCUUCACGAGACUUACCCUGGGUGUCAAGCCAUGGUUCUUGCUGUCCUCCCACUUUCUUCCCUGCUGCACUGGAGAGAUGGGAUGCUGUCAGGAGGUUCUAGAGUAUCUCCUCACAUUGCUGGAAACCUCUACACACAGUGUGGAGCGCUACUGUGCCGCUCUCUCCCUGACAUCUCAGUUGGUGCUGCACCUGGCCAAAUCAACACAG